CGUUCUCUUCUUCUUUCCAUCAAACUUCCUUCCUCCUUCCUUCCUGCAAUUCCUCCAUUGACCCAUAGACACCAUCUCCAAUCAAUCAUAUUAUAUAUAGUCAUAUUUGAUAAUCUUGUGUAAAUUAGGUUUUUACUAAAUCUAGCAAUAAUGGUUGAUGCUAAUAUGAGUGGUGCUCAAUUCCCUGAUUUUCCUAAAAUUGUUACUCAUGGUGGACAAUAUGUUCAGUAUGACAUUUUUGGUAAUUACUUUGAGAUUACCAACAAGUAUAGACCUCCUAUCAUGCCUAUUGGCCGUGGCGCUUAUGGAAUCGUCUGCUCUGUGUUUAAUGCAGAGCUGAAUGAGAUGGUUGCAGUUAAGAAAAUCGCCAAUGCUUUUGAUAAUUACAUGGAUGCUAAGAGGACGCUCCGUGAAAUUAAGCUUCUUCGCCAUUUAGACCAUGAAAAUGUCAUUGGUUUAAGAGAUGUGAUUCCUCCGCCCUUACGAAGGGAGUUUUCUGAUGUAUACAUUGCUACUGAACUCAUGGAUACUGAUCUUCACCAAAUAAUUCGAUCGAACCAAGGUUUAUCAGAGGAUCAUUGCCAGUACUUCAUGUAUCAGCUUCUCCGUGGGCUAAAGUACAUACAUUCAGCGCAUGUUAUUCAUAGAGAUCUCAAACCAAGUAACCUCUUGCUAAAUGCAAAUUGUGAUCUUAAGAUAUGUGAUUUUGGUCUUGCAAGGCCAAACCUAGAGAACGAGAAUAUGACAGAAUAUGUAGUAACCAGAUGGUACAGGGCACCGGAGCUUUUGUUGAACUCUUCAGAUUACACUGCUGCCAUAGAUGUUUGGUCUGUGGGUUGCAUCUUCAUGGAGCUUAUGAAUAGAAAACCUUUGUUUGCUGGAAAAGAUCAUGUACAUCAAAUACGCUUGCUAACUGAGCUUCUUGGCACUCCUACAGAAUCUGAUCUUAGCUUCCUCCGAAAUGAAGAUGCAAAAAGAUAUGUCAGGCAACUCCCACAACAUCCACGCCAGCAGUUAGCAACAGUAUUCCCUCAUGUAAAUCCAUUAGCCAUUGAUCUUGUAGAUAAGAUGUUGACACUCGACCCUACUAGAAGAAUUACAGUUGAGGAAGCAUUAGCUCAUCCAUACCUCGCAAAGCUCCAUGAUGCCGCUGAUGAACCAGUCUGCCCCGUCCCGUUCUCUUUCGACUUUGAGCAACAAGGGAUAGGAGAAGAGCAGAUUAAAGACAUGAUUUAUCAAGAAGCCUUGGCGUUGAAUCCUGAAUAUGCUUAAGCAUAAGAGAAAUCAGUUCUUCUCUUGCUUCCCUAGUGUGGAUUUUCUUUCUUGGACCAGCCCUCUCAAAGUUUUUGUUCACAGGGUCAGUAGUAGUCCUUUGCAACUUUAAUGUAAGGCAGCCUUCAAUGUUCAGACAUUUUUAUAUACCUUUCUUCUUUAUUUUUUUUGUUAAUUAUGGUGGUGUUCGUGCUAGCUUGUGUGCAUUCGACUAUUCCAUAGGAUAUAUGCCAUCUCCCACCAACAAAAACAUUUAUAUGUCUUCCACUCAUUCUUAUGACUUGUAUCUUGUGUUCUGUUUUCAGCUUAUUGUAGCAACUAUUUUUUGUUUAGUGUAUCAUGUUGUAUUAUGUACAGUAUGUAGAAAAUCUAUCAAGAAUCUAUUUGUCAUUUUGAAGAUUUGAGUGUAAUUUUCUGUGUUCAACUAUUUGUGCAUAAACUACUAUGCUAUUGGAUUGGAGUAGUACUGGUGAGCUAGUGCUGUCGGCAAUACACGUUGUAACUUCUCCACUAAACUAAUAGGAUUAAAUGUACUGAUCUGCUAGGA